GGAUCGAACGAAUCGAACGGUUCCCCUUCUCCGCCGGCCGGCGGCGGGCGUACGUCCUCCGGCGACCACCGCCGCCCCGCCGCGACAGGAUGAAACCCGAUGUACAUGCUCGUAUUCCGCAGUAUCGUCAUCCCAUCAAGGGACUCGCCACGCACCCCCGAGGGAGAGCGACCGCGCCGCCGCCUCACCGGCCGCCCGUCACGUAUGGCCGGAGCCAGAUCGCGAGCGGGUGGCUCAAUUCUCCGAUUGCUCCGGCUGUCCGGCGUGCCGCGCGACGGCGUCCUUCUCUCGGCUGUACGGGGACGCCCUCCGUCUCCGCCGCUAUGACUUGCUGACUUUGCGGGGGGCAGACGCGCGCAUGGCACCAGCGGGCGCACGACGGUGACGGCGGAGCACAGCAGCUUCAGCAGCUGCAACUGCCAAGUAACUAAAGCUGUCCAAGCAAGCACACGUAUACUUAAGCUAGCUGAAUCUCCGGAGUCCCGGACCGUUUCAGAUAGUGCACUCUCUUCCGCGUACCACUACUGUACCAACAGUGGCAUCCGAGCUGAUGUGAGAAUUCCUGAUGGUGAAUUGGUGAUGGCCACAGCUGCCGGCCCCCACCAGCAGAGCAGAGCAACCACCUGACGUCAUGCGUACCAGUCGGACCACCAACCAAUCCAAUAGCCAUCAGAUUGCACUGCAGAGUGAGUGCUGGUUUAUCAAGGAUGAUUUUGUCAUCAGGAAAGCUUUCUUUAUAUAAAGGACGGGCAUGUAGCUACAAAGUAUUAGCUCUCUUAACACUAGGCUGAACUGCCCAGAGAAGAAGAGAGUGACAAGCAAGAUCGAAGAUCGAAUCAAGCUACCGCCAUGGGAGGAGCAGGGGAAGGCGACGGCCAGACGGAACCGCUCCUCGAGAAGCUCUCGAAUUCCUCGUCGUCGGAGAUUGACAAGAGAACAGGAACGGCAUGGACGGCGACGGCGCACAUCAUAACGGCGGUGAUCGGCUCCGGCGUGCUGUCGCUGGCGUGGAGCGUGGCGCAGCUCGGCUGGGUCGGAGGACCGGCGGCCAUGGUGCUCUUCGCCGGAGUGACCCUAGUCCAGUCCUCCCUGCUCGCCGACUGCUACAUUUUUCAUGACCCGGACAACGGCGUCGUCAGGAACAGGUCCUACGUGGACGCUGUGAGGUUUUACCUAGGUGAGAAGAGCCAGUGGUUCUGUGGCUUUUUCCUCAACAUCAACUUUUUCGGGAGUGGGGUGGUGUACACACUCACCUCGGCCACCAGCAUGAGGGCGAUUCAGAAGGCAAACUGCUACCACCGGGAAGGGCACGACGCGCCGUGCUCCGUCGGCGGAGACGGCUACUACAUGCUCAUGUUCGGGCUCGCGCAGGUGGUGCUCUCGCAGAUACCGGGCUUCCAUGACAUGGCGUGGCUCUCCGUCCUGUCGGCGGCCAUGUCCUUCACCUACUCCCUCAUCGGCUUCGGCCUCGGCGUCGCCAAAGUCAUAACUAAUGGAGUGAUCAAGGGAGGAAUCGGGGGGAUCGCCAUGGUGUCCGCGACGCAGAAGGUGUGGCGAGUCUCGCAGGCGAUCGGGGACAUCGCGUUCGCCUACCCCUUCGCGUCGGUUCUGCUGGAAAUCGAGGACACGCUGAGGUCGCCGCCGCCGGAGAGCGAGACGAUGAGGACGGCGUCGAGGGCGAGCAUCGCGGUGACCACCUUCUUCUACCUCUGCUGCGGGUGCUUCGGCUACGCGGCCUUCGGCGACGCCACGCCCGGUAACCUCCUCACCGGCUUCGGCUUCUACGAGCCCUACUGGCUCAUCGACUUCGCCAACCUCUGCGUCGCCGUCCACCUCCUCGGCGGCUAUCAGGUGUACUCGCAGCCAGUGUUCGCGGCGGUGGAGCGGCGGAUGGGCGGCGCGGGGGCGGGCGUGGUGGAGGUGGCGGUGCCGGCGGCGGUGGCGUGGCCGUCGCGGUGGCGGCGCGGCUGCCGCGUGAACGUGUACAGGCUGUGCUUCCGGACGGCGUACGUGGCGGCGACGACGGCGCUGGCCGUGUGGUUCCCCUACUUCAACCAGGUGGUCGGGCUGCUCGGCGCCUUCACCUUCUGGCCGCUGUCCAUCCACUUCCCCGUCGAGAUGUACCUCGUGCAGAAGAAGGUGGCGCCGUGGACGCCGCGGUGGCUCGCCGUCCGCGCCUUCAGCGCCGCCUGCCUCGCCACCGGCGCCUUCGCCUCCGUCGGCUCCGCCGUCGGUGUGUUCUCCUCCAAGACCAGCUAAUAAUUGAAAUGCAUCAGCUCGAUCAGCAAAUGAAUCGAAGAAAGAUGGUCUGUAAAUAUCAAAGGAAGUGUUAAUUUGUUCUUGUAUGGAGAGAGCAUUUAUGUACAGAUCGGUAAAAUUAAAUGCGCAAAAUGGCACUUAAAUCAAUGGUCAA